AUGACUUCGUGUAUAUAUUUUUUUAAAUUGCUGGAGAUGAAGGCAGAAAGACGAACUAUGAACUUGCUUGUGUGGAUAUUAGUCUUCAACUUUUUCUUGUGCUCGGCUUCUGUGGACGCACAGAUGGGGUUUGAUGGGCCUCUCUCUGCACAGGAGCAGAUGUACAUCCUUUAUGAAAUCAAACUGCAGUGCUACCAGAACCUCUCCAACACUGAGCCAGAGUCCACAGAUGAGGUGUGCCCUCCAGAGUGGGACGGUCUUAUUUGUUGGCCCCAUGGCUCUCCUGGGCUGGUUACCAAGGUCCCCUGCCCGGCUUACAUUUAUGACUUCAAUCACAAAGGACAUGCUUACAGGAAGUGUGAUGUCAACGGUUCCUGGGUGUUUGUGGACCACUGGAACAAAACAUGGACCAACUACUCAGACUGUCUGCGUUUCCUUCAGCCCACUGAUGAGGAAGGGAGGCAAGACUUCUUCGAGCGGCUGUAUGUCAUGUAUACCACAGGCUACGCUGUGUCCUUCAGCUCUCUGCUGGUGGCCAUCUUCAUCAUUGGAUACUUCAGGCGUCUUCACUGCACCAGGAAUUACAUCCACAUGCACCUGUUUGUGUCCUUCAUGCUACGGGCAGUCAGCAUCUUUGUGAAGGACAAAGUCGUCUAUUCCAGUGCUGGAUUGCAGGACUUUGAUUCUGCCCUGUUGGACAACUUAAAGGCAGUUAGCAUGGCACCAGUGGACAACUCUCAGUAUAUUGGCUGCAAGGUGACAGUGCUCCUCUUCAUCUAUUUUCUGGCCACCAACUACUACUGGAUCCUGGUAGAAGGCCUCUACCUCCACAGUCUCAUCUUCAUGGCCUUCCGAUCCGACUCCAAAUACCUCUUGGGCUUCACCCUCAUCGGAUGGGGUGUUCCAGCUGUUUUUGUGGCAGUGUGGGCGAUUGUCAGGGCAAUGCUAGCAGACGCAAGGUGUUGGGAGUUAAGUGCUGGUAACAUAAAGUGGAUCUACCAGGUUCCCAUUCUGACAGCCAUCGGGCUCAACUUCAUCUUGUUUGUGAACAUCGUACGAGUGUUGGCCACUAAAAUUCGAGAGACAAACGCAGGGAGAUACGACACCAGGAAACAGUACAGGAAACUGGCAAAGUCCACCCUUGUGUUAGUGCUGGUGUUUGGCAUCCACUACAUCAUCUUUGUUGGGAUGCCUCAUACAUUUGAAGGAUCGAGCUGGGAGGUCCGCAUGUACUGUGAGCUGUUCUUCAAUUCCUUUCAGGGCUUUUUUGUGUCCAUUAUCUAUUGCUUCUGCAACGGAGAGGUCCAGACAGAGAUAAAGAAAACAUGGACACGUUGGAACCUGGCCUUUGAGUGGGAGGGCCCGGUGGUCUGCGGCCGCUACCGUUACGGCUCCGUCGUUGUUGGCAUCAACAACAGCACCAGCAGCCAGUACCACCUGGCAGGGGCUGGCCCUUCCGCACGCUCCACCACGUUCGUUUCAAGCCGUGUUCAUCGGAGCAUAGGUCCUCCCGUGAUCAGCACCCUCCCAGGAUACGUGAUCAGUAACUCUGACCCAUCCAUACCUGAGGAACCCGAGGACGGCGGCCCCAAGCGGGUGGACGAUAUCUCGCUGAAGGAAAAUCUGCCUGUUCCAAGUGCAACAGCUGAGGAUGAGGAGGAAACACUGUAGCUGCCAAAACAUGUCAAACAUGUCAAAACAUGCGGUAGAGACCGAUGAAAAAGUUUCUAGGUGCCCAAUCCUCUCCAACCCACUUCAUUGAAACUCUUAAAGGAACAGUGUGUAAGAUCUAGUCGGGUGUUGCAGAUUGCAACCAACCAAAUACCCAUCUGCAAAUAAAUUUAGAACAGGAUUAGAAUUAAAGUUUUUUAAAUAUAUCUAAAUAUCGUCUCUGCAUCCACAGCAAAGUCACCCAGUUUCGAAACGCAUCCCUACCUUCAGACAAUGUAAAAUUGAGAAUGGCUCUCGUUAGUGCCAGUAUCCGUUAGUGUUCGUCCGUUAUGGGCUGCUGUAGAAACAUGGUGGUGCAACAUGGCAGACUCUGUGGAAGAGGACCCGUUCUCUUCUACGUAGAUAUAAAUUCCUUUUCCUAAGCUAACGGAAACACUGUGGUUCUUAGUUCCAUAUCAUUGUACACUGAUUAAAACAUAGCUAUAAAUAUUAUAUUCCAUUUCUGCCAAUUAAUCCCCCUAAAUGAUACAAAGUAUUCCUUUAAGCAGGUAUCGAGGGCAAACGAAUGUUUGACUGUAUGUACAAAAAUGGAAAACAUGUCUUGAACCCCCUUAUGAAAAAGAAUAUAACAUAAAUGGUUGGAAACUAAAAAACAUCAAUGCAGAUGAAGUUUAAUAUGUCUUUUGACCCUGUGAGGUGCCAAAAGAUGAAAUGCAACUUAUUCAACAACCAAAACACAUCUAAAUUGAUGUUUUAGUAUUGGUAGUUGCUGCAUCCAUCCGUCUAACUGCAGACAAUCAUUUACCACCUUUAGAAGCUCUCAGGGAGUGCAUUGCCAUAGGGCUCUCUGUUGUCAAUAAAAGAAAACAUGCUGUUGCAUGAAUUUUGAUGGUCUGGAAAUGUAUUUCUGUUUCCAGUAAACUGCACUUCUCCUGCUGGGACCUUGAGAACCACAACUGAGGAAAGUGACAAGCCAAACAAAAAAGUACACAGAAACACUUGAGAAAAAUACAAAGAAAUAAUAUGGACUGGGGAGACGUGGGGUAAGAAAAAAAGGCUGUUUGUUCUUUUAUAAUAAAAGUUAACAGCAGC